AUGUUCGCGGCUGUCGGGGGCCUCGGGGGCCUCCGGCGCCUCCGCCUGGGGCGCAUUUUACGCUGGGCCCCGGGAGCGCACGGAGAAGCCGCGCCCCGGCCCAUCGCGCCUCUGCGGCCUCGGGGUCUGCCCCGCUACUGCAGCGGCCGGGCGGCCAGUGGCUCUGAGCCCCAAGGUCCAGGAAAGCUCCACCGGGUCCCCGCCGAGUACAAGCCUUCGCAAUUCGAUAAGAAAAUCCUGCUGUGGACCGGGCGUUUCAAAGCGAUGGAGGACAUCCCGCCUCGGAUCCCGCCAGAAAUGAUAGAUGCUGCAAGAAACAAGGCUCGGGUGAAAGCUUGUUACGUAAUGAUUGGACUCACCAUUAUCGCCUGUUUUGCAGUGAUAGCCUCUGCCAAAAGGGCUGCAGAACGACAUGAAUCCUUAACAAGUUGGAACCUGGCAAAGAAAGCUAAGUGGCGUGAAGAAGCUGCAUUGGCCGCACAGGCGAAGGCCAAAUGAAAUUCUAAGUGACACAGUGUUAAUCAGAGGAU